AGAGGAGGGUAGAGAAAAGAGAAAACGAAAAACAGAAGAUAGAUUCGUUUCUUCAUCGUCCUUUGAUUCCAAAAUCUAAAAACAGAAACUUUAAUAGGUAAAAGAGAAAGAAGAUUGUAUCCGAUGGCAAGACCAAACAACAACAAAAACACUGCCCUUAACUACAACCACAUCCUCCAAAAAGCUCCAUCUUCUUCUUCAUCCCCUGCUUCUUACUCCUCUGUUACUCGUUCCAAUGGCCGUAUGCUCGUCCUCACCAAACCGUCCCCCAAACCCCUCAAAUCUUAUGCUGCUGCGUCCACCACUACCGCAACUACGGAUCAAGCAAUUACGGAUCCAGAUCCGAAUCAGAUCUCUCUCCGUCCCUUAGGUCAUACCGGACCUGCUUCCUCGCUUUCCUUUCCAUCUCGGACUCAGGAAUCCGAGAAAAUCGUAGCUGCUCCUCCGGCUCUGGCGUCCUUUUCACCGAAACCUGACAGGUUUGUUCCUCCGCAUCUUAGGCCAGGGUUUGUCCGGAAAGACGAGAAACCUGGACUCGCUUCUUCUUCUUCUUCUUCGAUUCUGGGAUUGCCUCACCAGGAACAACCGCGGCAGGGAUAUUCAGGGUAUGGACACACCGGGCGACCCAAAUCGGGUGGGCAUGAGAGGAUUGGAUCCGAUCCAGAAUACUUGGGUCGACCUAGAUCGAGCGGAAACCGACCAGGCACCUCCGGAUGAUGAUGAGCUUGCUGGGUUUGAUGUCUAGUUACUCACUGAUGUUGAAGAUGGAAACUACCUCUGUUUCCAUGUUAACAUCUCAUUCUUUUAGUUUUCCAGUUCUUUUGAUCAAAGACGACCCUAGAUUUGUAGAAGAUGUUGUUUAGUAGGGUGAUACUAUCGUAGACAAGGCCUGACACAAUAACACUUCUUUUCUCACCUACUAGACUUCAAAACUUUGUUAAUGUACUUAUAAUUCAAUCUAGCACAUGUUGUUUUUUAGAUUUUAAUAUAGAUUCUAUCCAGGUUAGAUCUGUUUCAA